AUGGCAGCUACAUCAACUGAAAACAACAUGAAGAUUGAGCAAGUCAAGACGGCUCCUCAUGAGAAGCGCGUCGCUACCCACUCCCACAUCAAGGGCCUCGGUCUGCGUGCGGAUGGUACUGCUGAGCCCAUUCAAUCUGGUUUCGUGGGUCAAGAAAAUGCACGCGAAGCCAGUGGUAUUGUUGUAGAGAUGAUCAAGAGCAAGAGCAUGGCUGGUCGUGCGUUGCUCUUUGCUGGUGCUCCUGGCACUGGUAAGACUGCCAUUGCCCUUGCCAUUGCCCAAGAAUUAGGACCCAAAGUACCCUUCCGUCCCAUUGUCGGCUCAGAAGUGUAUUCCAGCGAAAUCAAAAAGACAGAAGUGCUCAUGGAGAAUUUCAGACGAUCGAUUGGAUUGCGUAUGAAGGAGACAAAGGAAGUGUACGAAGGUGAAGUGACCGAAUUGACUCCUGAAGAGACUGAGAAUCCUUUGGGCGGCUAUGGAAAGACCAUCUCGCAUGUCAUUAUUGGACUCAAGACCAUCAAGGGCACAAAGCAGCUAAAGCUGGACCCUAGCAUUUACGAAUCCAUUCAAAAGGAGAAGGUGACAGUAGGCGAUGUGAUUUACAUUGAAGCCAACACAGGUGCAUGCAAAAGAGUCGGCCGUUCAGAUGCGUACGCCACAGAGUUUGAUUUGGAAGCAGAGGAAUACGUGCCUUUGCCCAAGGGCGAUGUGCACAAGAAGAAGGAGGUGAUUCAAGAUGUCACUCUGCACGAUCUGGAUGUCGCCAACGCAAAGCCUGAAGGUGGACAAGACAUCAUGUCCAUGAUGGGUCAACUAUUAAAGCCCAAGAAGACGGAGAUCACUGAAAAGCUUAGACAGGAAAUCAACAAGAUUGUCAACAAAUACAUUGAGCAAGGCAUUGCAGAGCUAGUACCUGGUGUUCUUUUCAUUGACGAAGUGCACAUGCUGGAUAUCGAAUGCUUCACCUACUUGAACAGAGCCUUAGAAUCGCCCUUAUCACCCAUUGUCAUUUUCGCCACCAACCGAGGCAUGUGCACUAUUCGCGGCACCGACGACAUCAUCUCACCCCACGGCAUCCCAGUUGACUUGUUGGAUCGUCUUUUAAUCAUUCGCACUCUCCCCUACACAAUCGAUGAGAUCAAGGUCAUCAUCACCAUUAGAGCCAAGAUUGAAGGUUUGACGAUAGACGAUGCAGCCAUUGAACACAUUGCCACGUCUGGCAUCAACACAUCAUUAAGAUACGCUGUUCAAUUAUUGACACCCUCCAGCAUCUUAUCAGAAAUCAACGGCCAUUCGUCAAUUACAUUGGACGAUGUCAAGGAGGUCGAUGAUUUGUUUUUCGACUCUAAAAAGUCUGCUAAACAUUUAUUGGAACAAGAAUCAAAAUUCCUUGUUUAA